AUGGCCACCCACUCCCCUCGACCAACCAUCUUGGAGGUGGCAGUCGGAAGCCAGGUCCCGCAGCUCUCAGCCGAUUUUUCUCUCCCGGGCGCUCUGUGCGAGCCUAGGCCGGAGAGGGCUUCUCUGCUGACAGAGGUGCAGGCCUACUCGAAACGACCGAAGACCGCAGACGGCCACGAGACCAAAUUUGCAGGCGGCACGGGUGGCUUCUCCGCCACUGGACAACGCCCUGGUAGCACCCAAACAACGGACCUUGGAGCGCAGGUGUGCUGCUCUAAUGCUCUUCCUGGCCCAAGCGAUUCAACGUCGAAAGCUGCGUCUGAAAACUGUAGCGAUGGAAAAGGCAGCAGUCACUCCGCUCAAGCACAAGCGCGCACUCAGUGCGCAGACACAAUACGGGCUGCGCUAACGGUGACAGCCGCAUCAAGUUGCCAUGACGCAGCCCACCACGGCCACAGUGAUCUGUGCGCGCCGGGUGCGAGUACAAGUACAGCGCUACGAGAUUUUCACAUGUCACUAUGCGCAGUUCAUACCAGCGGGAAUCGGAUCCUGUAUGCCUGCGCAGACGCGUCAGGAUCUCGAGUGAACGGCGAGAACUGUAACGCGAGCUCCGUUAUUCUCGGAGGAGCUGCUUGUAGGGAGACGCCGAAUCGGUACAUCACACAUGUGGACCGCACGGAGACAAACACUUCGGGCAACGGCGGAGACGGCACGGAGAUAAACGUUCCGGGCAAUGGCGAAGCGCGGGAUGCCCGGCGUGUUGCCCAAGCGCCCAGCGAUGCUAACAGAGCUUGUACAUCUGAUACGUCUCGCGCAGCCGCAUUGUCGCAAGUGCGCGCAUCAACGCCGCUGGUCCAGAAGACAACAGCUGAAAGCGGGCACAAUGUUCCGACAGGGGAACAACAUACAAGUGACUCUGCAGACCCCGUCCAAGGGAGAUGCGGCGUCCGCAUCGGGCUUCCUCUUGACAAGGCCUGCACCACGGAGAGUUGGACAACCGACAGCAGCGCCCUCUCCUGCCGCGAAAGCCGCGGCAGCUCCCUGCUUUCAGCUCUAACGGGAGGCACGGCACCGUGUGGAGCGCUGCCGGUCUUCACAGUCGACGGCGGCUGUUGUGGUAGUGGAGUAGCAGCACAGCGCACCAGGCCAAAAGUGCCUCUUGAACACAAGCUAGAGCAGGCGGUGUCGGGAAAGGAGCACGGUCCGGUGCUUGAUGGGAGACUUUACUGGGGGAAGAAACGCGGCCCAUACGACCGGCCAGUGCGCACUUUCCUACAUGACGAGGAGCGGGCGAACACCGUGCUGUCGGCGAAAGGUCAGGCUGUUCCUCAGCGCAGGAUGUCUGCAGAGCAGGGAGCCGAGGACAGGUCCGAUGCCGUAACAGCGAGCGUGCACAUGGCAAGCGUUCUAGGAAGCAGCAGCAGCAUGGCCAGCACGCGGGCCAACCACUCCUACAGCACGCCCAUCAAACGGUAA